AGAGAGACCUGGCUGAGGGUUCAAACGCCCAAUCCGCUGCAGGAAUAGGAAAUCAGAAUAGCCCAACAGCGGCAGCCGAUCACCUCGAAAGGUCACGCCUUUGGAGCUGUUCUUUUCAGCUGUUAGACCCGUCCAGCUCGGUGGGAAAGGCCAAAUUUUUUAUUUAUUUUUUAUUUUUAAAAAUGGACAAUCCAUUUCAGUAAUGGCUUCCCCUCCCUUUGACCUUCUUUCUUCCACAGCGAUCAAAUGAAACAGAAGAAAAAAGUUUAAUUGUCUUCCUCAUCAAGAAACUUAACCCUGACGGAGUCAAACCCAGCGGCCAUCACCCUUUUUCUCAUUCUUGCUUAUAAGUUUUUCCCUCCCUUUAUCUGAUUAUUAGCUCGUAGAGAAUCGAAAAACAAAAAGGAAAAAAGAAAAUAGGAUCGGAACCAUGGUACUGCCACUGUUAAAACUAGGAACUUUGGCGUUAAAAACUCUGAGUAAACCGGUCGCUAAUAGGCUCAAGCGACAGGCUGGGUACCACCCCAGGUUCCGCCAGUUCAUCGUCAACAUUGCUCAGGCAAAUCAUCGAAUUUCGACAAGAAUGCAAAGAAGCAUUUAUAGUCAUGCAACUGAUGUUGAGAUACGCCCCUUGGAUGAGGAGAAAGCUGUUCAGGCUGCUGUAGAUCUUAUCGGGGAACUGUUUGUCUUCACGGUUGCAGGAGCUCUCUUGAUCUUGGAGGUUCAAAGAAGUUCUAGAUCAGAAGCCAAAAAGGAGGAAGUACGCAGGCGAGAAAUGCAGGUAUUCAAAAAAAAAGAUGAGGACUUAGCCAAAGAAGUGGAACUUCUUAGGAAUAAGCUUGAAGAACUAGAACAACUUGCUAAGCGACAGGGGCUUAGUGGUAUUUUCAAAUUUAAACAUGCUAAUACAGAGGCGGAAAAUUUGGCAAAACCAGCUUGAUUCAGACAGGAGCUUAACAAAUAAGUUAAGUAUAAUUUUUUAAUUCCAAUUCUGUUCUAUUAAAGAAUUCCCUGGUCAGCCUCUCAACUAGGGAAUCAUUCUUCUUUUUCAUUCUUUUCAACACUGGGGCCAUCUUUUUGGACAGAUUCUGGUUUCACCAGGUCCAGUAGAACAUACGAAUUUUUUUUGUUUAUAUUACUGAAAAAUAAAACCAAAGAUAGACAUUGUGUUGCCUUAAUGAGUUUAUGCUCAAGGGAAGUUGGUUGGUAUGGUGCUCUAUAGUGUUAAAGAAAUACAAACAUUUUAAAAUUUACCUUUA